AUGUCGACCGUCCCUACCGCCGUCAGCCAGGUGUCUGAAAACCCCUCGGCCAACGCUGUCACCUCGGCCGUCUCGGCCCACCAGAAGAACGCCGAUGUCGACCGCAAGAUGCGCUUCUUCGGCGUCAUCCAGGCCUUCCGCGAGGGCCGCUACCCCGACAACAAGCAGAUCGACGACACGCUCAAGUACACGCUCGCCAACAGCCCCGUCGAGACCUCCAAGCUCUCGCCCGACGGCAAGAAGCUCAUCCAGGACGUCCGCGAGCUCAUCGAGACCGCCCGCCAGAUGGUCGUCAACAAGAACGGCGAGGAGGAGUUCCAGAACUUCCUCUACGCCACCCGCAAGGCCAACGUCGCCGGCAACAUCAACGUAAAGGCGCCCAUCACCGCCGAAGACGCAAAGAAGGACCGCGAGACCGCCGGCGAGGCCUUCCGCACCCUCCUCACCCUCUUCCUCCGCAACGGCGAGCUCCGCAAGAUCGUCCAGGACUUUGGCUACAUCGGCCGCGACAUGUUUGCCGACGGCGCCGCCAAGGCCGCCGAGGUCGCACGCCCCGACGAGGACCGCCUCGCCGCCGUCGACCAGCCCGCGCCCGACAACGAGUUCCACGACGACAUCCCCGAGUACCUCAAGAAGAAGGACCAGGCCAAGGCAGACGCCCAGAACAAGGCCGACCAGGCCAAGCAGGAGGGCGCCGCCCACGCCCAGGACGUCGCCGACGCCGUCGACCCCAACGCCAGCAAGGAGAAGAACCAGGCCGCCGUCGCCGAGGUCGCCAAGCAGAAGGCGCAGCUCCUCUCGGACAAGAUCCCCCAGAAGCACAAGGACCUCGCCAAGGAGCACAAGGACAAGGCCACCGAGUAUCUCCAGGAGAAGUUCCCCAAGGAGCGUCGCGACCAGUUCUUCUACCGCCUCAAGAAGGUCGUCGUCGAGUGCCAGCGCCACAAGGACUACCAGGACGCCAUGGAAUACUUCCUCACCUUCUUCGAGCAGUACAAGGGACACGCCUCGCACGUCGUCAACCAGUCCACCGAGAGCGCCAAGAACGUGCGCUCCGAGGGCAACGUCGCCACCGCCGAGACCACCUUCCGCCGCCUCAUCGAGCGCUUCGCCAACGGCGCGCCCACCCAGUCCAUCAUCGACGCCGUCGACCAGCUCUACACCGACGCCAACAACGACCCCGAGCUCAAGGGCUGGUUCACCAAGCUCAACACCUACGUCCGCAAGUGCCUCCAGGAGCCCGGCUUCAUCAUGAAGGACGAGGCCAACACGCAGGCGCGCCAGCUGCGCGACUCCGGCAAGAAGUUCUUUGUCGCCGCCGAGGGCCGCUCCGAGGGCAAGUACAAGCCGCACGCCGACGCGCUCUUCCGCGAGAUCACCUACUUUGGCAAGUCGAUGCACAGCGACCCGCUCAACCGCAAGCUGAGCGCCAACGUGCAGCAGAUCACCAAGGACCUCUUCCUCAACUCCGAGGGCGGCCUCACCUUCAAGCCGCACCUCUGGAGCGACAUCCGCGACCCCAUCCUGCCCGAGCUGCUCAGCCACGUCGGCCUCGUGCCGCUGCCGCGCAUCGAGUACACGGACAAGCAGGUGGACCUCGUCAUCGAGAACCUCGCCAUCGACCUGCUCAACAUCCUCCCCUCGCAGGUCGAGAUGGACAUCCGCAACCACUUUAAGCUCUCGCAGUUUGACAAGCUCGGCGACAGGCACCAGCACUCGUUCAAGCUCACGCUGCACCAGAUCCAGACCGACAUGCGCGACGUCCACUUCUUCUUCAACAAGAAGAUGGGCUUCCCCAAGCUCCACGAGCGCGGCACCGCCGACGUCUUCCUCGGCGGCAAGGGCUUGACGGUCACGGUGCACCUCGAGGCCGAGAACGCGCCGCGCGGCAAGAAGAGCCGCCACAUCUUUACGGUCAAGCAGGUGGUGGCCAAGGUGGACAAGCUCAAGUUUGCCAUCCGCGACUCGAAGCACGACACGCUCAUCAAGAUCCUGCGCCCGCUCGCCACGGGCAUCAUCAAGAAGCAGAUCUCCAAGGCGGCCGAGCAGGGCAUCCGCGAUGCGCUCGAGGACCUCGACCGCCAGCUGGUGGAGCUGCGCGACCGCAUCGAGCGCAACAAGGCCAUCGAGGGCAAGGGCGUCACCGACGCCUUCAAGGAGACUUUUGCCAAGAACGACGAGACCGAGUCCAAGAAGAGCGACGGCACCUUCAAGCUCGCCACGUCGAAGCGCAACUCGAUCCUGCCCAACCUCGGCCACCCCGACGGCUGGAUCCAGAAGGUGGACGAGCGCGACGCCGCCGCCAAGUCCAAGGCGGUGCCCGCCGGCGGUGUCGGUGCGAGCAAGGAGUGGUACUCGCCCGCGUUCACGAUUGUGCAGCCGGGCCAGAAGGACCCUCGCAACACGGAGUCGGCCAAGUCGCAGAACCUCGGCCCCUCGCCCAACAACCCGGGUGAGCGCGCCAGCACGUCGGGUGCCGCCGCCGCUGGUGUUGCCGGUGUCGGUGCGGCUGGUGCUGCUGGCCUUGCCGGUGCUGCGGGUGCUGCUGGUGUUGGCGCUGGCAGCGUUUCGGCUGCUGCUGCCCAGGGUGCGGGUCAGCCCGGCCAGACUGCCACUGCCUACUCGACGGCCAACGGCUCGCACGCCCCUGGCGCCAUCGUUGCCGGUACGGGCGCCACGGCGAUCCCCCACAGCAACGUCGGCACUGACGAGUCGCUGCUCGCCAAGGCGGCGCCGGCGAUCAACGGUGCGGCACACACGACUGCCGAGCCUGCGCAGCCGGUGAACCCGGCCUACGAGCAGGGCCGCAUCGGUUAA